AUGAGGCUACGUAAAGCAGCGAGCAAGUGCGAUUUUACAAAUUGGUCGGCAGAGAAAAUGAUCAAAAGCCUGAUCAUCAGCAAUAUGCAAGAUGACACCCUUCAUCUAAAAUUUUUACAGAAGGACCGAACACUGGACCAAAUCUUAGAUAUCGCUAGAAAGAAGGAAGAUGCUGUGGCCCGAAGUAAAGUAAUAGACAGAGACUCCCGACAGGUAGUCAACAAUGUGGGUGCCAAACGAAAUCAACCGUUACAACAGAAGGAGCCUACAGACCAGUGCAAUCGGUGUGGACACGAAAACCAUUUCCCUGCUUCGGAGUGCCCAGCCAUAUCCAGAAUCUGCAACUACUGUAAAAAGAAAGGACACUGUGCCAGCAAGUGCUUCAAGAAACAGAAGGAAGCAGGAAUCAAGCGCAUCGAAGCAGAACCCCAAACUGACACCGGAAACGACACCAACUCCGACACUGAUGAGUAUGACACAGCCAAGAUCGAAUUAGUUAACAACCUUGCGAUGAGGGAAAAGCCAUCGCUGAUGAGAGUCCGCACUAACGACCAAGAAGUUCUGUGGCAACCGGAUACCGGGAUCCAAAAGGACGUCUGGGAUGAGGCACACUUCCGCAGCUUUAAAGAAAAGACUCGGGGGGAAGUUAAGUUGACACCGACAAACAUCAAGCUAUUUGCAUAUGGGGGCAAGACACCACUGGUGGUCAUUGGUUCAUUCAAGGCAGUGCUAACAGCUGGUGAUCGGACAGUCGACACUGAGAUAUAUGUGACAUCUGAACCAUCCGCCUAUCCACUACUUUCCGAACAGUCAGCCAAACAGCUCCAAUUGAUCCGGUAUAAUGAGAAGUUCCUAGUAAAGCGAGUGUCAGAGCCCUGCAAGAAAGUUUUGACAAUGACGCCAAAAGAUAGCUGA